AGCUGCUGGCGGAGGUGCCGCUGGGCGCUGGGGGGCCUGGGGCAGGCGAUGGACGAGCCACGCUCGCCGGCGCCGCGGGCCGACGCCCCCGGAGCCGGGGGGGAGGGGAAGCUGGCGACGCGGGGCCGCCGCCAAAGCUCGCCGGACUCCGUCUCCAACUCGCGACGCAACGAGCGGGAGAGGAACCGGGUGAAGAUGGUCAACUUGGGCUUCAACAACCUGCAGCGCCACGUGCCGCAGGGCGGGGCAGCGGGCAAGAGGAUGAGCAAGGUGGACACCCUGCGCUCGGCCGUCGAUUACAUCCGCCGGCUGGAGGUCCUGCUGAGGGAGCAGGGAGCCGGGGGCAAGCAGCGCCCUCCCUCCUCCACCACCGGCUCAGUCACCGCUUCCCCAUCCCCCACCUCCUCCUGCGGGGACACCUCCACUGAUUCCAUCUCCUCCGAGCACGACUUCACCGCCUGCAAGGGAUGGCUGGGCAUCGAGUGAGCAGGAAUUCAAGUCAAUUCAUGCUCACUCCAAGGGGAGUCCCUGGGCUAUUUAUCCUGUUUUCGUCUGGUGAAAGAAAUCUCUACUUCAUGAGAACUUUGGUUGGAAAAAGAAACAGAACAUUAAUAUCUCCAUAUGUUUCUAUCUUGGAACUGUGAGACCAUCGGCAAGAGAUCUCUCCAAGGCUGGGACAUUGAAGAAGAUAUUAUUUAUGUUGUACAUAUUGUAAAUAGAAAAGGUUUUGUUGAGAUAACUUGUGAAGGUGAGGCAUGUGAUUGAUUUAAAGAUAGACACAAAGUGUUGGAGUAACUCAGCGGGUCAGGCAGCAUCUUUUAGUUCCGUUUAGUUUGGAGAUACAGCGCGGAAACAGGCCCUUCGGCCCACCGACCAGCAAUCCCCCCGCACAUUAACACUGCCCUGCACACACUAGGGGACAAUUUACACAUACACCAAGCCAAUCAGCCUGAGGGUUGCAGCGCCGGAGACCCGGUUCGAUUCUGACCACGGGUGCUGUCUGUACGGAGUUUGCACAUUCGCCCCGUGACCUGCGUGGGUUUUCUCCGGGUGCUCCGGUUUCCUCCCACACUCCAAAGACGUGCAGGUUUGUCGGUUAAUUGGCCUCGGUAACUUGUCCCCAGUGCGUGUAGGAUAGAAACAUAGAAACAUAGACAAUAGGUGCAGGAGUAGGCCAUUCGGCCCUUCGAGCCUGCACCGCCAUUCAAUAUGAUCAUGGCUGAUCAUCCAACUCAGUAUCCCGUACCUGCCUUCUCUCCAUAGUGCUACAUAGGAUAGUGCUAGUGUGUAGAGUUCGGUGGCCGGUGCAGGCUCGAUGGGCUUGUUUCUGCACUGUAUCUCUAAACUCUAGACGAAACUUAGCUGCCCCAUCACUGACAGUUGUGCUUUCAGCUGCCGAGGCCCCGAGCCCUGGAAUAACUCCUCCCUCAAACCUGAGCUCCCGGAGAAAACCCACGUAGGUCAUGGGGAGAACGUACAAACUCCGUACAGGCGGCAGCCGUGGUCAGGAUCGAAUCUGGGUCACCGGCGCUGUGAGGCAGCAACUCUACCGCUAUGCCACUCUGCAGAGAAUCCUGCCUGACCCGCUGAGUUACUCCAGCACAUUGCCUUAUUUUCUCCUCAUUUGGGAAUGGCGCAUAUGGUAUAUGUAAAUAUAUAAAUAAGUGUAAUACGUGUUUGAUGCAGUUAUAUGUUGGGCAACAGCAAGCAUUGUCGUUGUUGGCAGGCUUCAAUAAAGGAGUUAUAUGUGCUGAACCUCUCCUUGUAUCCCAGGGUUUGUUUCAAGCAGAUUCAAGCAGUGCAGGACAGAACUAUAGCCACGUUUAGUUUAGCUUUAGAGAUACAGCGCGGAAACAGGCCCUUCGGCCCACCGGUUCCGUGCCGACCAGCGAUCCCCGCACACCAACACUAUCCUGCACCCACUCAGGACAAUUUUUACAUUUACCGAGCCAAUUAACCUGGAAACCUGUACGGGCCACAGUCUUGGAAUAAAGGGGAGGCCAUUUAAGACUGAGGUGAGAAAAAACCUUUUUCACCCAGAGAGUUGUGAAUUUGUGGAAUUCCCUGCCACAGAGGGCAGUGGAGGCCAAAUCGCUGGAUGGAUUUAAGAGCGAGUUAGAUAGAGCUCUAGGGGGCUAGUGGAGUCAAGGGAUAUGGGGAGAAGGCAGGCACGGUUUAUUGAUAGGGGACGAUCAGCCAUGAUCACAAUGAAUGGCGAUGCUGGCUUGAAGGGCCGAAUGGCCUCCUCCUGCACCUAUUUUCAAUGUUUCUAUGUCUUUGGAGUGUUGGAGGAUACUGAAGAUCUCGGAGGAAACCAGCGCAGAACGUACACACUCUGUACAGACAGCACCCGUAGUCGGGAUCGAACCCGGGUCUCCGGUACUGCAUUCGCUGUAAGGCAGCGACUCUACCGCUGCGCCACCGUGACUGCCCAACGUUGCACGGCAAACGUGCAAACUCCACACACACAGACAGCACCGGAUGUCAGGAUAGAACCGGGGGUCACUGGAGAUGUCGGUUUACAUCGAAGAUAGACACAGAGUGCUGGAGUAACUCAGCGGGUCAGGCAGCACCUCUGGAGAGAAGGAAUGGGCGACGUUUCGGGUCGAGACCCUUCUUCAGACUUAGAGUCAGAACAAAGGGAAAUAUAUAUAGACGGUGAUGUAGAGAGAUAUAGAACAAAGUGCCUCGACCCGAAACAUCAUCCAUCCCUUUUCUCUAGAGAUGUUGCUUGGGAGCGUGAGGGGAAACCGAAGAUCGCGGGAAAGAAAUCCACGCAGGUCACGGAGAGAACGUGCAAACUCCGUACGGGCAAGCACCUGUGGCCAGGAUCGAAGCCGGGUGCUGCGCCAUCGUGCCGCGCCCACUCGUUCUCCGAGUGAGAAUGAAUCGUUCUCCAGAGAUGCCGCCUGACCCGCUGAGUAAAGGGCCGGUCCCCAUUGGCGUUUUUGCCGGCGUCAUAUCAGGGUCGCCAAAAGAUUUUUAACAUUUCAAAAUCCAGCGGCGACCAAAAAAAAUGUUGCGACACUUGAAAAAACACCGCGCGUCAUGCAUCGUCAUGCCGCGUCAUGCAUCGUCAUGCCACGUCAUACAUCGUCAUGCCACAUCAUACAUCGUCAUGCCACAUCAUACAUCGUCACGCCACGUCAUACAUCGUCAUGCCGUGUCAUACAUCGUCAUGCCGCGUCAUGCCACUUCAUACAUCGUCAUGCCACGUCAUACAUUGUCACGCCGCAUCAUGCAUCGUCAUGCCACGUCAUACAUUGUCAUGCCAAGUCAUACAUCAUCAUGCCAUGUCAUACAUCGUCAUGCCACGUCAUACAUAAUCACGCUGUGUCAUGCAUCGUCAUGCUGCAUCAUCAUGCCAUGUCAUACAUCGUCAUGCCACGUCAUACAUUGUCAUGCCGCAUCAUACAUAAUCACGCCGUGUCAUAUGUCAUCACGCCGCGCAGUUUUCGGUGACAUUAUACCGCAGUCAAUGAUGCCGCUGUUGCCGAAAGAAUCAGCAAGUGGGACAGGCCCUUUACUCCAGCACUUUGUGCCGUCUGGUUUGUGUACAAAUCCAAGUUGGGUUUUAUUCUCUCCCCAUCGCUGUUGAUCUGUCCUGUUCAGAUUUUAAACUGACAAUAGGAAGGCGGUGGCGCUCACCGCGGGCGAAUCCUGGGAACUGUGAAGUACACCAAACAAACAGGACAUGCAGGAUCCUCCCCACAGUUAAUAGGAUUUCCUGCUUGACUUGGCUUGGCUUCUCUAAAGCAAUUAGAGAGUAACAAUAAAGACUUUGGGUGGGAUAGAGGGCUUUCUAUGCCAAUAUCAUGACAACAUUGCUGGAGGCAGCACCGUGCAGGAAACAGCAGAGUGUUUACCGCCCCAUACAUCAGCGAGUAUCAGUAGGGUUAAAGAUCUGUCCCACUUUCACGAGUAAUUCACGAAUUAUCCCGAGUUAUCCCCCUGAUUCAAACUCGCAGAAUGUUCGUAACGAGUCCGUAGGAGUCCGUAGAUAUAUCGUAGCGGCUCGUUAUGCCAGCCGUAGGUACUCGUGGCAUCAGGUAAAGUCGGGACUAUUUUCCAGCCUGAUAACUAAAUGUCCACGAGUAAAAAAAUGGUGGGGAUGAAAGAAAUUGCAACUUUUUACUCGUAAGGAGGGCAUCGGAAUAGUCGUGGGAAUUGGUCGACACACUCGUAGGAGUUCGUGAACAUAGUCGUGGAAGGUCGUAGGAGUUUGUAGAUUGCCACGAUCUUGAUUUUUUUUUAGGUCCUUUAAACUCGGCAGA